CAGUAAAGACUUCUAUGUUUCGCAGUAGGUGCAAGGUAUAUCAAAUUAGCUCCACAUGCCGAUCAAGCCGGCACGUUCAUUCACGCACAUACAAUAGAUAUUGGUCAUACAUCCUCAAAUGGUAACACUGGUUCCGGCAGUCAUCAUCUCUUAUCUUCCCUUUUGAUCACAGAAAAAAAGAAGGUAGUCAUCAUGCCUCCAGAAAAGAAAUCAUUGAAAUCCAUGAAAGCAAAGAGAUACAGCGACGAAGAUGUCAGGCACAUGCCACAAUGGGUGAUAGAUAUCAAACAAGAAGAAACAGAUGAAUUAGAUUUCGGAAAAUCAUGGACAAUCUAUAGAGUUCCCACAAACCUCCUGGAAGUUCAGAAAAAUGCAUUUAUUCCUAAAAUCAUAUCAAUCGGUCCGUUUUAUUACCGUGAUGCUCGUUACAAGGUUAUGGAAGAACACAAGAAGAGAUUUCUAUUCCUUUUGUUAGGAUACGAUAAUAAAGAUCAGGGUGGUAACUUUGGUGGUUAUAAUUAUGUUGAGCUAGACAGUAUUGUAAGUCUUAUGUAUGACUUGGAGAAAAGAACCAGAGAGUGUUAUUCCGAGACAUUUAUUAAUAUUUCUUCAGAUGAUUUUGUUCAGAUGAUGGUCAUGGAUGGCUGUUUUGUUAUUGAGCUUCUUCGACUUUACCACAAGUUCUGCUCAUCGGAUACCGUAGAGGGCCGGCGUAGGGGCACAUUCUCUUUUGAGAAGAAAGUUGUUGAUGAUCCAAUCUUCACAACCCGAUGGAUGCUGCGAGCUCUUCAGCGCGACUUAAUGAUGAUACAAAACCAACUUCCGUUCUUUCUGCUGCAAGAAUUGUAUCGCUUAAUUACUGCAAGUCCUAGAAAAGGUUGCGACAUUGAUAACAUCUCACUGAUCGAUCUUACUUUGAAAUUUUUUGAUCCACUUCUUCCGAAAGACGAAUCUCAAAUUGUAGACGUAGACCCAGAUCCAAAUGAAUACCGUCACCUCCUUCACUUAUUCAGAAAGAGCUUCAUUUUACCAAUUAAGCGCAGAAAACCAUUACGAGUACCUCGAACUGGUAGUACUGUGGCAAAACCUAUUUUCCAUUAUCAACAAACAACUCCAAGCACUCGCACAAAGCAAGACAGUCAUUUUAUACAAUGUGUUACAGAACUGAGAGAAGCAGGAGUUACGUUCCUUGAGAAACCAGAGCAUGCCAAUAUUGACAUGUUUGCUGUCGAAUAUAAGAACGGGGUUUUAAAAAUCCCUCCUUUAUUUAUAGAUGACAACACGGUUCCGCUCUUUCUGAAUUUCAUUGCUUAUGAGCAGUGUGACAAGGAUGCAACUCCGUACUUCACGAACCACUUGAUGUUCUUUGACAGACUAGUGAGUUCUAUUAAAGAUGUUGAGGUACUUCAUAGGACUGGUAUCAUACAUCACGUUUUCGGGAGCGAUAAAAAGGUGGCUGAUUUCAUCAAUAAGUUGUGCAGAGAGAUUGUUUAUAAUGUGGAUAAUUGUCAUUUAUCUGAACAAAUGAAAGGAGUUAACGAUUAUUACAAGGCAUAUUAUGCUAAUAAAUGGAAUGUUUGGUGGACAAGGUUGCUUCGUGACUAUUUUAGUAGUCCCUGGACAGUUCUUUCGCUGCUUGCCGCUUCUGUUCUGUUGAUGUUUACUGCCGGACAAACUUUCUUUGCUCUAUACGCUUAUUAUAAACCACCAAAACAAAUUUGAGUAUCACUUACAUUCCUUCAGAUCUUUAUUAAUAUGUAUUGAUAAAUUAUUUUUAUCGACUUUCUCAUUUAUAUAGAUUGCAAGUGUUUCUGUAUAUGUAAACAGAUGUGUGUGUAUUGUUGUAUCUAAGUUGUGCUAGGAAGAGUAAUACUACUAUUACU